AUGAGGAAGAACUUAACUGUGCGGGUGACCGAGCACUGGAACAGACUGUCCAGAGAGGGAGUGGAGCCUCCCUCACUGGAGAAAUUCAAGAACCGAGCCGCUCAGCGCCCACAGCCCCCGCUGCGACCCCGCACCGGCGGAGGCGGCCCCGGCCGCCCGCGCUGCCCUGAGCGCGGCCCGGGCACGGCACACACCGCACCACGAGAGGCCGCCGCGGGAAGAGGGGUGAGGAGGGGGAGGAAAAGAAGCCCGAGGUUACCUCUCCCGGCGCCGGGCCGGGCUGAGCCGCACCACCGCCGCUGCCCGCCCGCGCCGCGCCCCUUCGCUUCCCUUCCCUUUCCUUUUCCGGGUACGGCGGCCGCCGUGCGCCGCUCCGGCGGCUCCAAUGGAGGCGGGGCCGCCUCACGUGGGGCCCGAGCGGCCGCGGCCUCGACGGAGGUGCCCCCGGAGCCUGAUGUCCCACCGCUCCUGUCCGCGACCAGCGCCCGGGACAGAGCAAAUAGCAAGGAGGAGGUGGCCCGGGAGGAAGGUUGGAUCCCGAGAGGCUCCCUGUUUCAGAAAACACUGACGCCUGGAUUUAGGAUUUCGCGGGAGGAGGUGACAGCCUUUUCAGCAUGGAAAAUGGAUGAGGAAGAAGAGGAUGGAAGUGGAAAAGCUUGUGAAAUAGUACCACGUUUAACUGAUGUGAUUGGUGUUGCCCAAAAAUGUCUUGAUUGCUGUGCUGAGUGUGUGCCAGUGCAAAUGCCUCAAGACUUACCAGUUGGGAAUCAGGAAGGAGCUGGCUGUUGGUGCAUUUCCAGUAUCUUAGCAAGGCUUUAGCACAUCUGUCUUGUGUGAGCUCAACAUUAUGCACUUAAUGGAGGUGAUGAAAGGGAAGUGGGGCUGAGCAUGAUGCUGGGAACCACCUUUAAGUGGUCCUUCUAAGCUUCUACCCCUAAAAGUUUCUUGAGAUUUGGAAAGUUUUUUAUUUCCUUGCCUUUUAAAUUUUUAUGGCGAACAUCAAUAUCUUUGAUUAGAGAUAUUAAAUGUUUUAUAAAAUAAAUGAAAAUGCUGAAAGUUAAAAAAUUUGGUUUUAGUUUAAACUGCAGAGUUGUUAGCAUAAAAUUUUUGGACAGCUGAAACCUCAUACAAAACUCCCAUCUCUUUCUUUAAAAUCUCCAGUAAUCCUUUUAUUCUAUUAACAACAUUUCACAAUUGUAAAGAAAUCCCUGAAUCAGGAAUUCCUUGUUAGUGUUCCAAUAGGUUCUUCUUUUCAGUCCUAUGCUGGACAACAAGUUGGCAAUUGCAUAUUUGAUGUUAUUGUAUUCUAAGUCCUAAAGAUACCUUUUAAUGUAGCAACGUCCUUUGUUUUUGUGUGUGUUCUGUGGUGGUUUUCAAAAUCCUUAGAAUUCUGUCUGUAAAAAAAAAAAAAAAAAAAAAAAAAUUGGUGUUACUGGUUAUGUCUCCCAAACGGCUACAGAUUUUCUCAACCUAUAAGCUGAGUUUUGGAGGGGAGUUUUAUUUUGUUUUGUUUUGCUUUAAUUAGCAUAAACACAUGAUAGUAAUUUCUUAAUUA